AUGUAAUAUAUCGGCAAGUGCUAUAAAGAUUCUGCUGAAAACAAAUUUGUGUAGGGUAAGUCAGGUUAGAGUAGUGGAUACUUGGAAUCCGGAAACACCGACUACUGACAAGACAAAAGAUCACAAACCCUUAACAGAUUUGGGAGUAAAGGUAAAUACAGAUAAUCUUUCUACAGAGCAGUGUAAGGAAGUAUAUGGUGUUUUAGAGAAAUGGUGUGGGUUGUUUUCUACAUCCCCGACCGAUCUCGGGCGGACGGAUGUGGUGAAACACGAGAUACACUUAAUGACAGAGGUACCCUGCAGAGAACCCCCAGAAAGGUAUGGUACCUGGGUAUCUCCCCAACAAACCCAGGUCUGGUAUGUAUGACAAGGAGAAAAUGUCACAGGUGGUGAAAAGUCAAGUGUAAACAGAUAGCCAUGCUAUGACCUUGAAUUGCUAGUAUUACAUAAUGGUCACUAUGAUAUUUAUGUGUACCUAGAUGCUGCGCACUGAAUGGUGUUAAUGAUAAUUGACAGAAUGAACUCUGUGACUCUUGUAGCAAUGCGUAGUAUUCCUAAAUGAUGUUAUGAAACCAGGUGCAUAAUACGGGCAUAAUAAUAUCCAAAUUGAGAGUUUAACAACAUGUGACAUAUUUGGCGAUUCUGUGUCUUCAACGAUAGCUCUAGUACUCUAUAUUGAGUCAUGUAUUGUGUAUUCUAUAUAUUAACCUUUGUAACCUUUUAUGUCGUGUAUGAAUGAACGUAUUGUGAGUAAGUGAUGCCUCAUACUAGGUGGGGGACUCCGAGACCCAGGACUCGGAGACUCACAUCCUGCAUCCAGAUUCUUUGAUUGGCAGUUUUGACAGUUUUGUUACUUUAUUUAGAAAUAAAAUAUUAAUCUUAAUUUUGAACACUAAAUGUUCACUCAUGAUCAUCGUAAAUGGGCCGAACUAGUCAGAACUGUCCAUCAUAAGUAAAAUGUUAUAUAUACCCAUGUAAAAUGAUGUUGAACAGAUUUAGAUUUAGAGAUUCCGCUUAUAGAUAGAUUCUGAGACUCCUGAUUUGGGCUGCUAUUAGCUGAUGUAAUUGUAACUAUACGAUCACGCUUAAUAAAACCGCUUGAGAAAGAAAUACUGGACUUGUCAUCUAUAAGCUUGAGCUGACCCUCAAUAGGAUCCUGUAAGACAGAAGGCUUACACAAGUCUCAACCGGGACUCGAACCCAGGGCCUCUGGCGUAUCGUGCCAGUGCUCUAACCACUGAGCUAUUGAGACCCGAUAUAUUGAUUGACAGUCACACACCUGUGAACCCGGUGACAAAUUCAUGCAGAAAACCACAAAUUGGCUUUUUACUAAUGUGUCAGAAAAUGAUGUACAUACAGUACAUAUGAUCAUGGUUGUUUCUGUUUCAAAAAAGAUGAUAGUGUAAAGAUCUGUUGACCAUGUCAGAAAGCGCUACGACCCCCUGGGUGAUCGGCCCGGGCAGUGUGGUGGAACUCUCCUGUGACACGUUUAUGGUGAAAAACCAGACUAAAAUAGACUUCACCAAUGGUGAAUAUGGAGGAAUCCCCUUUAAUUUAAUCAUUAAUACUGUUGGAUGGUUGCUUCUCAUUCUGCUGUUUACUGUAAUGAGGAAGCUUGCCUGGGACUAUGGAAGAAUUGCUUUGGUCAGCAGAACCGAAGAAAACCAGAAUUUGAAUACCAACAGCCAAUACAAUGUGUGGACCUCUCUCUUCUAUGGUGACCAUGACGAUGACACCAAUAAGAUGCAGGGCUCCGUGGAAUCCCUGGACGCACACCUCCACAAACAUGACAGUAAUGUGUGCUCCUGGAUUCCUGCCUUUUUUAGAGUCAAAGAUAAAGAUAUCCUGAAGAAGAGUGGACAGGACGCCAUUCAGUACCUGACGUUUCAGCGGUACCUGAUCAUCUAUACCACCAUCGUGAUGGUUCUAGUGGUAGCCAUUAUUGUACCGGUCAACUUCUCUGGAAAUAACAUUGGGAACAAAACAGAUUUUGGGCAUACAACAAUUGGGAAUCUGGAUCCUGAUUCGCCCUUGCUGUGGGUCCACGCAGUGCUUGCCGUGGCCUUCCUGAUUUUACUGGUUGGUCUGAUGCGACACUUCCAUGUGAACCUGGAGUUCGAGGAAGAUGAACAGGUGUCACGGACACUGAUGAUUUCUGGGAUUCCAAAAGACAAGUGCUUCAAAAACCAGAUCACACAGCAUUUUGAAGAAGCCUAUCCAGAAGCCAGUGUGGUUGAUGUCCAGUUUGCCUACAACAUCUCGGAUCUUGUUAAAUUGGAUAAGAAUAGGAGAGUAGCAGAAGAGGCUUUACUUGUGUCCAAAAUGGAAUACGAUAAAACUGGAAUCCGUCCAACCAUGACACCGGUCACAUGUGGGCGAUGUUGUUGCUGCUGCACUUCCUGUGGGUGUCAAGAGGUGGAUGCUAUUGAGCAUUAUGAGUCUGUAGCCUUAGAGUAUCGGGAGAAAUGUGAGAAAGAGAAAGUGACUGCAUACCAGUCUCCUGCAGGCAUUGCCUUUGUCACCUUCCACAUGGAUAUCAUGGCUGCCAGGGUGAGGAGUGACUUUGAGGACUCGUGUAAGGGGACCAGUAACCCCCAGAACUCCUCGCUCAGUGAGGACCUGAUGGUUUGGUCCUGGAACGUACAUUACGCUCCGUCACCCGAGAAUAUCUACUGGGAGAACCUGUCCAAAUCCAAGUGGAAGUGGUGGAUUACCGCUAUCAUCGUUAACCUGAUCCUGUUAAUUAUCCUGUUUUUCUUCACUACUCCUCUGAUUAUAAUUAACAGCCUUAAUGAAUUUGAGUACCUCAAACCUAUACAGGAGCACAGUCCAGCGUUGGUCGAGUUCCUACCUACGCUGUUACUGUGGACUUUCUCCGCGUUACUUCCAACUGUAGUGUAUUACUCUGACUCAACAUUCAUAGGUCAUUGGACAAGAACUGCUGAGCACCAUGUGAUCAUGGUAAAGACAUUUAUCUUCCUGCUGUUGAUGGUGCUUGUCCUGCCCUCUCUAGGACUGACAAGUGUUAAAGCCUUGUUCCAGUGGUUUGUUCUGGACAAAGAGUCCUCAUUUAGAUGGAGGUGUAUAUUUGUGGCUGGACAUGGCGCCUUCUUUGUAAAUUACGUCAUUACGGCAGCUUUCAUUGGUACAGCUUUAGAGUUAAUUCGCUUUUCAGAGCUAUUCAUGUAUGCUCUCAAGCUUUCACUUGCUCAUUCCUCAGCUGAAAAGACAGCAGUUAGAAAGGCUGUGGUUUGGGAGUUCCAGUAUGGCUCCCAGUACGCCUGGAUGCUGUGUGUGUUUGCCGUCAUCAUGGCCUACAGCCUUCUCUGUCCCCUGGUUGUCCCUUUUGGAUGGGUGUACAUGAUUUUAAAACAUGCAGUGGACAGAUACAACAUUUACUUUGCCUACAAGCCAUCAAAAAUCAACAAAAAGAUCCACUCUUCCGCCAUUAAUUUUGUCACCGUGGCAACCAUUCUGCUCCAAUUCAAUGUUGUCUUCUUCACUGCUCUCAGAUCAGAGAUCAGCUUUAGUAAUGAGAAAGUGAACCCCGUGUUUGUCUUCUCAUCUGUGGCCCUCUUUAUGUCCAUCGUGGUUUUCGUGGGGCGGGUCUGUUUCGGUUGGUUUAAGAAUCUGUCCUCGGCCACCCGCAGAUACAGGAAAAAUGACAAGGUACCUGAUGAAAAUUCUACUCAAAAUCGUCCCGGUGUAGAAUCACCCCAUCAAUUUGUGGAACAAGAGCAAAGAGCAAAUUCCCCAGAAUCUUCGAACAAGCCAUUUGUUGCUGGUGUGCUGUUGGAUAGUGCAACACCAUCAGUGAGCAGCUCUAGUCGCCUAGCAACCUCCUACGGUACGAUGUCUGGUGCCACGAAUGUCAACCAGGAGAAUGAUGAAAUCAACACAAAUGGUGUUCACUAUGUCCAGUAAAUGAACUUGAACCUUACCACUGAACACCAAAAGUUAUCACCAGUUUUGUACAACUGUAUGAACACCAAUGGGUGUUCACUGUGUCCAGUUUAUGACCUCCAUUAUUGAAACUGAAAACAAACAGUGCUUUUUAUGCUUGGUGAAUCAAUAGUUAUAUGUAUAACUACAUGACAUGCUAUGGAGUUAAAGGGUUUAGAAGAUGUAAAACUAGAAUACCGGUAAAUGAUCUUAAAUCUUAAAUGGUGGUCACCAUGUCAAGCAUGACCAUUUUACAAACAAAAAAACCUACCACCAAUGUAUGUCCAUGCAAUUGAACCAGAGAAUUCUAGGGUGCAAAAACGAAACCCAUGGUCUUCAUUGUACCUAGCUUUAAUUUUUACAUUUUAAAAAAAUCAAAUUAUGGAGCAAAACCAAUGACUUAACCUGGAAAAACCCAAUUUAUUUCAGAUGUUGUUACAUAGUGCAAUACAAAUUGAGGGUAAUAAAAAAGUCAUAAAUUAAUAUAUACCGGGUAGUUUAUAUUGUCUGAAAGAGAAAAUCUUUUUCAUAUUGUGCUUAUUAAUACUGAUCAAAAGGUUUUUUUUAAAAUGAUUUAAUAUAUGUUGUUAAUUUAUCCUUUGUUCUAAAAUAUAUUGGUUAUUAUUAGUUGAAAAACCAGAAAACUUUGUCUGAUUUGUGGUGUAUGUACUUGCAUAAUAUGUUGGAUGUCUGUUGAAAGUUGUGCUGCAAAUGAAAUGCAUGAUUACUGUACAAAAUGUGCAUUUUUAGCAUAAAUACAUGUACAUGUAUUGCUAUUAUUAUAAUGAGGAUCUUAGAAUGAAUUUCAGCCUUUCUGCUUCUUCUAAAUCUACUUUCUUCACUAAAUUUUAUAUGUUUGGCUAGUACCGGUACAUGUUCAUCUGCAAGUAAUAAUAUUAUGUUAAAAUGCUGAAAAAUGUGACUUUCAGCAGAAGUGCAUGUAAUCUAUCUCUCUUUCUGCCUGUCUCUCUCUCUAACUUGGCCAAUAAUUGGCUUUUCUUCAGUAUUUUAUGACAUGUAUAAAAAUCAUCAAAUAUCCAUUUUUAGUGAAGCUUAAAGUGUCUCUGUUGGUCUAAUUAUAGAACAUGUACUAGACUGUUGUCACAAAUUAUUUUCAAUCAGAUAUAUAAAGUUGUAUAAUUAUGUUGCAUUUUAGAACGUUUAAUACCUAUUCAAUGUGUGCAAUAUGUACACAUAUAUGUACAUUGCUGGUACAUUUUACAAGGCCAUUAUAUUCUUAUUUAUUGUUAAAGAUUUAUAGAGUUUAUGUAUAUCAAUUAUUUCAUGUUGUGUAUAUGUCUUAUGUUGCCGACAAUUAAAUCUAUGUCAAUUAUAAAAA